AUGAAAUUUGCUAGUCCUAACGGUUUCAGACGCAGUGCGGUGUUUGGACUCGACAUUGCUAAUGCAAUCGUGUCUGCAUUCAUGUUUUGGAUCAUUCUCUGCAUUCUACUCAAUAAUAGCACGCCCGUCGUCGCAGUAUUAUCUGGUUCGAUGGAACCUGGAUUCUCAAAAGGAGACAUCCUGAUACUUUACAAGUCUCGUAUAGAAUUGUAUGGGACAGGUGACAUUAUUGUGUACCAAGUUCCAGGGGAUGACAUUCCAAUAGUACACCGAGUACUUGAAACAUAUCACGAGACCACACUCGGGCAGCUUGAGUUUCUCACCAAAGGAGACGCGAAUCUCUACGACGACACGCCAUUAUACAAAAUCAUUCCACAUCUAUCAACGCAUCAUGUUGUCGGAAAAGUUGUAGGGUAUGUCCCUUACGUCGGAUGCGUCAGCAUACUGACUUAG